UUACAGUAAAACGCGCUCUUUCAAAAUUUCACUGUAUUCUCUGCAAACUUUACAAUUGAUAUUUCAGUUACGCACCAGCGUUCAUCUUGUCAGUCGUGUGAUCGUAAAUAAUAAUAUACCGAACAUGUUUAUUGAAAAUCCUUUUUAAUUCAAAUCUGAAGAAACCGACAAAGUCGAUAAAAGGUAAAGAAUGAAAAAUAAAGUACGGAAUGUUGCAAUUCCGUGUUCACUAUUGGCAGUGAGUUUCAAGGAUUGUAGCCAAACUUUUUAACGAAUAAAGUGGACACGAUGAACAAUAUGAAUUAUAUAGAUAUUAUGAUUGUACGAUAGCAUUUGUAUUACGCAGGAAUGCUUUGAAGUGUAAAUAAUUUUUUAUCAUUAUGAAAUUUAAUGAAAAAGAGCUUGCGGAAGCAAGUAGUGGCCCCGCUGAUCUGGAAGGACGUUUAACUCAUAAACGAGCACACAAGUCAGGUUUUAAAGAGAAAUGGUUUAAGUUAAGAUGCAACUUACUAUUUUAUUUUAAUAUCAACGAAUUAGGACAAAUUGACAGAAGACAACCAGCUGGUGUAAUUGUUUUAGAAAAUUAUAAUAUUAACGUUGACAGCGCAUCGGAAGGAGUAUUUGCAUUUAGUAUAGCAUUUCGUGAUGAACAUGAUAAAAGGCAUAUAUUGAGUGGACGUUCAGAAUCCCAAGUAGAACAAUGGGUAAAUGCUUUGAAACAAGCCAGUUAUGAAUAUUGGAGAUCCCGUUUGAUAUUGCUUAAAGAAAUAUUAUCUAAAAAGACAGGAAAGGAUCCUUUACUAAUGUAUCCACGAAAUGAAGGUAUCAUUAGAGAUGAAGCAUGGGAGUCAGCAUCGACUUUUCGAUCUCAUGUACGUUCCUUUACAACUUCAGUUGUAACAUCAGCAGCAAUAAGUACUGUAACAAAAGAAGUAAAUUUAAUUGAAUUUUAAGUUAUAUAAUUAUAUGCAAUUAGUCUUUGAUUAUAUGCUGAAACUGAAACUUAUUCAGUUAUAUAAAAACUCUCUAAAAAUAUAUAGGAUUGCAAUGUAAUGUGAUAAUCAUUGCAAGAAACUGUAGUAAAUUUAAACAUUUAUUUAUUAUAGGUAAUAUAUAAUUUACACAAUUUAUAUCAGAGAUGUGAAAUUGUAUAUUAUCAUUCAUUAUUAGCAUAAUGAAAAUUUUAUAUAUCUCUAAAAUAAAUUUUAUUAAAUUCCCAACGAACCAAAAAAUCAUUAUAAUAUAGUAUCAUUUUUAAAAUGCAUUGUAUACAAUCUAAUAUGAUACAAACAGUAAGAAAACAGUAAUUGUACCUUUAAAGCAAUUUGUAUCAGAGAAUGUGAACAAUGCAAUUGCAAUUAUUGCUUGCACUUUAUCUGUAUACAAAUUUAUUAAGUAUUCAAAUACCAAAUACUCUUUAUAAUGAUUUAUGAUAAUCUAUAAUAAUUGUACAUUAAUGUAAUACUAAUAGCUAAUCUAUUUAUAUAAACCGAUGAUACAUGUUUGUAAU